AUGGAUAAUUUUUUAAUAUAUGAAGAAAUUCAUAAACGUGAUUCUUGUAUUGUUUAUCGUGGUCGAAUAAAACGAUCAAUUGAUUUUGUUAUGAUCUAUUGUGUUGAUAAAUAUAAACGACAUGAAUUAAGUAAUCUCGUUCGAUUAAUGUAUGAACUUGAUCAUCCACAUAUAAUGAAAUUUCGAGAAUGGUAUGAAACAACAAAUCAUCUGUGGCUUGUUAUGGAUUUAUGUGAUGGUGGUUCACUUAAAUCAAUUAUACAAGCUGAUGGAUCUUUACCGGAAAUAUCUAUACGUACAAUUGGUGUUCAUAUAUGUCAAGGUUUAUAUUAUCUUCAUCAACAAGAUAUUCUUUUUUGUGAUCUUAAUCCUGAAAAAAUUGUUUCGGAUGGUUCAAAUAUAUUUAAAUUAGCAAAUAUGACAUUAUCAAGAAUGAAAGGUGAAAAUUUACAAAUAAUUUUUGAUGAAACUUAUGAUAAUUAUCUUGAUGAUGUUUAUCGAGGAAAAGAACGACCAAAAGCACAAACUGAGAAUCAUUUUUAUACAGCACCUGAAAUACUUCGUGGUGCUGAAUAUUCUAUAAGUUCUGAUUUAUGGUCACUUGGAUGUAUUUUAUAUGAAAUGUUUGCUGGACGACAAUUAUAUGAUGAAAAAAAUGCAAAUAAAUUAACACAAAAAAUUCUUAAUGAUCGUUUUGUUUUACCAAUGGCAAGAGGUUCAGCUAAACCAUCAAUUGAAUUUGCUAGUUUAUUACAAGGUUUAUUAGUUAAAGAACCAACUAAAAGACUCGAUUGGCCAGGUAUAUUAACUCAUCCAUUUUGGAUUGGUCAAUUAAGUCAUCUUGUUCGACCACAAACAGGUGCAGCAAAGAAAAGUGUCAAUCAAAAUGAAACACAUGAUCGUCCACCAAUAUCAUCUCGAUUAGCUACUACAGAUCGACCAGAAUCAAAUGUAUCAUUUAGUCUAAGUUGUACAAAAACAUCUAUUCAAAUAGCUCAACAAAAUAAACCAGAUGAAACUGAUGGUAAUAAAAUACAUCGUAAUGAUUAUUCAUCAAUUAAUACACAUGAACAAUCAACAUCAUUUGGUGGUGAAACAAUUGAACGUCUUCGAAAAAUGCUUUUUUCAAAAGCUGAAUUACAACCAACAACAAUUAUAGAAAAUAAAACUAUUCAAAAAACAUUACCAUUUAAAUUUGAAAAUAAAUUAUUACCAUUUCAAUUAGGAAAAUAUGAAAAUUUGAGUCGAUUAUCAUCUGUUGAUCUUCAAGAACAUGCAAAUAUGAUUAAAAAAGAAUUAUCAAAUACGACAACAGGAUCACCUACAAAUCCAAAUGGAAUGCGUAUGAAACCAAAUCUAUUAAAUUAUAUUGGAUUUACUUGUCUUGAACAAGCAAAUUCAGGUCCAUUUGCUGAUGCACUUAUUGCUAAAGAAAUUCAUAAAGAUCUUUUGAAUUUAAUAACAAAUGGUACUACUAUGGAAUUAAUUUUGUUCAAAGUACAAAAAAAAAGUAAUCCACCUAAAUUAAAUGUACGCAUACAACAACAACAACAACAAACAUUUUAA